GCUGCCUCCUCCCCCCUCCUGUUCCCAUGUAUGUGCGGCAGUCCCGACCAGCAGGCAGCCGCGGGCCGUCCCGCACGCCGCACUUGCUAGAGAUGAACCGCACCGCGCUGCGGGUCUGCGUCCUGCUGCUGGCCGGGCUGGGCCGAGCCGCCGGCGGGCAGGAGCACGACCACAACGACGAGAACGCUCCGCACUCCGCGGAGAAAGGUCCCAGUGACAGCCACUGGAGCUAUGAAGACCCAGGGCAGUGGGCCAAGCACUUCCCAGCGUGCUCAGGCACCAUGCAGUCACCCAUCAACAUCAACACGGAGACGACCAUCUUCAGCCCCCAGCUGCGGCCCAUCCAGCUCUCCGGCUACAGCCUGCCUGCCAGCCAGAUGCUCGCACUGAAGAACAAUGGGCACACAGUGGUCCUGAAGCUGCCUGAGUCCUUGGCUAUCACGGGUGGCUAUGCGCAGCAGUACCGCGCCGUGCAGCUGCAUCUGCACUGGGGCUCGCCUUCGAAUCCUGGCUCCGAGCACACCGUUGACCACAAGCGCUUUGCUGGGGAGCUCCACGUGGUCCACUACAACACCAAGUAUGAGAACUUUGAGGCAGCCGUGACCCAACCGGAUGGGCUGGCAGUGCUGGGGGUCUUCCUGGAGGUUGGGCCAAGGGAGAACCCAUAUUACCAGCAGAUACUCGAGCACCUGCGCAGCAUCCAAGAGGAAGAUGGUGAAGUCUUUGUGCCCGGGUUCAACAUUGCCGGCUUGCUGCCUGACAACCUGCACCUCUACUUCCACUACAACGGGUCCCUGACCACCCCGCCCUGCCUUGAGUCCGUCAAGUGGACUGUCUUCAACCAGACCGUGAUGCUCUCCAAGGAACAGAUGUCCGUACUGGUGAGCAGCCUGCAGACAGACGACAACCACCUCCUCAUGAACAACUUUCGGCAGGACCAGAGCCUGCACAGGAGAUGGGUUCUGGCAAGCUUUGAGCCCAGCUCCUCCCGGGAUAGGCAGGUGCCUGCAGGUGGCAGCAGCUCAGUGACAGCAGGACACACCAGCUCAUUUCAUGCAGGGGAUGUGCUUGCUGUGCUAUUCGGAGUGCUCUUUGCCAUCACAAUGCUGGCUUUCCUGCUCUACGUCUACAAGAACCGCAGCCAGAAUGCACGGCUGGACUCACCCACCAAAUCCAAGGUCAUCUACACAGCGGCCACAGCUGAGAACACCGCCUGAGCCGCUCCCACCAAGCUGGGGGAGGACCUCCUGCAGCCACAUGGACUGUUCACCUGGGACAGCACCUAGUCUGAGGGGAUAUUUUUGUUACAAAAAGGAUAAAACCAUUAAAAAAAUAAUAAUAAUAA